CUUCCUUCCCCUGCUUCCCUAGGAACUAGCUAGCCAGAGCCCCUGGAACUGAAACCCUCCCACGACUCCUAUAAAUCCACCCAUCUCAACCAGAGCUCACUACAGCUGCAUCCAAGCAAAGCAACCGAUCAAGACCAAACAUCCAGCUAGAAGAAGAAGAUACAGCAUAUAUAAUGGCGGCGAAGGUGAAGAGCGGGAGCGAGAUGGGGGUGGUGCUGGGGCUGGACGUUGCGCGGUACAUGGGGCGGUGGUACGAGAUCGCCUCCUUCCCCAACUUCUUCCAGCCGCGCGACGGCCAGGACACACGGGCGACCUACGAGCUGAUGGAGGACGGCGCCACGGUGCACGUGCUGAAUGAGACCUGGAGCAAAGGGAAGCGCGACUACAUCGAGGGCACAGCCUACAAGGCCGACCCGGCCAGCGACGAGGCCAAGCUCAAGGUCAAGUUCUACGUCCCGCCCUUCCUCCCCAUCAUCCCCGUCGUCGGCGACUACUGGGUCCUCUACGUCGACGACGACUACCAGUACGCGCUCGUCGGCGAGCCCCGCCGGAAGAGCCUAUGGAUCCUGUGCAGGAAGACGCACAUAGACGACGAGGUCUACAGCCAGCUGCUGGAUAAGGCCAAGGAGGAAGGCUACGACGUCUCCAAGCUGCACAAGACGCCGCAGAGCGACCCGCCGCCGGAGAGCGACGCCGCGCCCACCGACACCAAAGGGACAUGGUGGUUCAAGUCACUCUUCGGUAAAUGAUCGAAUCGGCCGGUACUGGAACAGAACGAUGCAAGUGUUUAUCUUUACCGUAGCAGUAUUAGUUCAUCUAUCUAUCUUUACCGUGGCGAAUAAAUGGGAUUCAAAGGCCAGUAGUAGUCUCUUGUUAUAGAACAUCAAUCCGUGUGUGUUUCUUGAUUAUUCAGGUGUUUCUGUUCUGUAUGAUGUAGCUGGUAUAUAUAUGUCGAUAGAAAUGGAGCUAGUGAUCUACUUAUACUUA